UACGCUGUAAAGACGUGACAGGGCGCAAGUACCCUCGUACUCUAGAUUUAACCUUCAGGGCUGAGGCUCAGUGUGAGGAAUCGCUAAAGGUGAAGAAGCCCCGGAGCUUGCGGAGGGUCGCUAGGAACAACACCUCGUUUGUUUACUAGCACUCAAUCAUGCUGCCCGGCGCUUUCUCUCGUCACAGAUUGAUAUGGCUCUCAGACGACAAAAUGUGAUCCUAGCCGGUGUCGCAAGCUUCGUCGCGUGGGGUUAUGCUGUCAACUGGGUUCCAACGUUGCGCUGGGCCGGAUAUGCCUUCGUCGUUGGCCUCGUGCUCCCCGUCCUGGGUUUGAUCGCAUUGCUUGUGCUCACAUCGAGAGGGAGCAGAUAUGGGGAAAGGAAGGCUAUACGACGCCCGCAUGGAGCAGCGUUCCUGGCCCCGACAAGGUGGAAGAAAGAGACUGCCGCCCUGCGAACACGACAAGCCUACGAGAAGCAGCCCCUCUAUCCGGAAUCUGCGACAGUGUCUGGCGCUUUGGACGGGCUCUUGGAGCUGAUAAUAAGGGAUUUCGUGAAGUCCUGGUACUCGAAUAUCAGCAAGAAUCCUGCCUUUACGAAUGAGGUCGACAAGACGAUCAGACUAGCUCUUGUCAGUCUGCGAGAUGAGCUUCUGGCUGUGGAUAUAACGGAGGUGGUGACGACACGUUUUGUUCCGAUAUUGACGGCGCAUUUCAAGGACUUCUACGAUGCAGAGAGGGCUAUUAGAGGGAAGCAUUUAAAUCGCAGUGUUACGGAGUCGGAGGAGUUAGACCUGGCUAUUGCUGCGAAAUACAGAGAUGGAAAACUACACCCGGCAGCUUCUUUGGCAUAUUCAGAUACGAAACUCGUGCAGCAGGAUUAUUUGCGAAAGUUGACAAAGGUUUUGCUCCCACGGUUGUUGCCAGAAUCAGUUAUGGGGAGUGGAGCAGUGGGGGUUCUUAUCAAUGAACUGGUUGCAUGUGCUGUGCUCACACCCGUCAUGCAACUAGUGUCUGAUCCCGAUACAUGGAAUCAAGUUAUGGAAGGCUAUGGACGGUCCAUGUUACAAGACAGAUCUACGGUUCGAAAGCUUCGAGCUGCUCUUGAUGAGCAUGCAUCUCCAGCUCCGAGGUCAAAGCGAGCAACCCCCUUCCCACGCCUAUCUCCCGGAGACCAUGAACGGAGGUUUGAGAAAUUCAUUCGUGCUAUACGAAAAGUAAACAACCUUUCGGAUGCUCGACGAUUUCGAAGCGAGGUUUCAAGUCAACUAAAAAGAGAUGCCCUGCAAGAAGGCAUGGAUCCUGUGUAUCUCCGGCGUUUGGAUAUUGGAAAAAAGAUUCUAGAUCAGAAAGUUCACCAACUUGCCGCAGGUGGAGAGCGACAACAUAUGCCUCUAAGUUCUGCUGCUAAUGGGACCCAAGUGUCAAAACUUGAGAAUGCUUCUCUGGUGGACCUUCUUCAUGAUCCGUCUGGACUCUCAUACUUCAUGGAGUAUAUGGAUAGACAGAAGCUCAUGCCUAUGGUUCAAUUCUGGAUAGUUGUAGACGGAUUCCGCAACCCUCUUGAGGAUGAUGUCGCUGAGGACGAUGAGAUACCGACCACAAUUGCCCCCUGGACCGAAGCUGAUAGAAAUGACCUUGCUCAGAUCAACGAGGCGUAUCUGUCAAAGCCAGAAUUGAAGGUGUCCGAAGCUUCGAAGCGAUUCGUGCAGAACUUCCUCAAAGCGGGAAAAGAAGCAUCUCCCCAGCAAUACUUUUUGGCCCGCCGAGCUAUAUUGCGAGCUCAAACCUCUGCCCUUGAGUUGAUGCAGGACAAACAUUUCCGGAACUUCAAAAAGUCCGAUUUGUUUUACAAAUGCCUCACAUCCCAAGAAGCGAUGAAGAAUAUUGCGCCUCCUGCGUCUCCAAUUGCUCCCUCGAGGCUUGAUAUGAUGCAUAAGCCAAAUCAACCAACUCGAUCGGCUUCAGCCCAGGCUCUGCCAAUCAAACCCGCACCCGCACCUCUCCAUAGAAUAUCUGCUAAACUCGUCCCCAAGCGCGCCGAUCUACGUCGACAAGCCGCUUCUUCUGUUGACCUACAUGCUGCAAGAGAAGGAAACGAACCGAUGACUUCAUCUCGAGGUUCGAUUGACGAAGGCUCGUCACCCUUGUUCGACGAUGAAGAUUUCGAUAGUGAGGCAAUGGUCAACUCCACUCAUAGCCUAGAUCAGGAAACAGAGAAUAACGUGCCGGACAACAAUGUUGUCGAAGCUAUGGAGGCAGCAUUGAAUAAUAUCAUGGAAGACAAGCCUGAUGUUGACGAUUUACGGAAAUCUCUAUUUGGUGAUGACUAUCCUUUGGAAUCUCCCAACCCGAGUUUACUGUCUCCGGGAAAUGCAUCAACAAGAAGCUCUAUUGACCACAAGAGAGCAGACUUAUUUGGAGAUAAGCCAGAGAAGGCAGACAAAACAGAUCUAUUUGGAGAAAAGCUCAAUAAAUCAGAGCGAGUUGAGAGGCCCAGUAUUGCGUCGCUAGGUCUCGUCAAUACAUCGUCUCGUAUUGGCGUCUUUACAGACGAUGACCUGUUUCCAGACGAAGAGAAGUUUAUUUCAGAUGAGCACGAGGACCCUGAAGAUGACAAGGAUAAAGACGACGAUGACGAGGUUCAUGAAGCUGCACCAGGAGACCUGGGUCUUGCCGAAGCCAUCACUGCACUUACCACAGACAUCGAUCGACUGGUCGCUCAAGACGCAGUAGUUGACUCCCUGACACGGAAAGCUGAGCUCACAAACAAUACCGCCGAGUUACGCAUUUUGAAAAAGUCCAAGGCCAGUUUGCAGCGAGAGAUUCGCCGGAAGGAGCUGCAACGACAGCAGUACGUCAUUCAAGAAAGCGACAAUAGUCUGUACGGCCGAUCAACUAUCAAGAUCAAAUCUAUUAUGGUAGGUAAAGAAGAUGAUGGGCGAGAAUAUGCUUUGUAUGUCGUAGAGGUUCAACGAAAAGCGGGCGAGCAGAUGCCAGCAGCUACGUGGACAAUCACUCGCCGCUAUAGCGAAUUCCACGAUCUCCAUCAACGGCUCAGGAUGAAAUAUCCAUCGGUCCGGAACCUUGACUUCCCUCGCAGACGGAUGGUCAUGAAAUUGCAGAGCGACUUCUUACACAAACGACGAUUGGCUCUUGAGAAGUACCUUCAUGAGAUUCUGCUCCUACCAGAUGUUUGCCGCAGUCGAGAUCUGCGUGCGUUUUUGUCACAGAGUACUAUAGCACCAAGUAUGGACGGACCCUUCGACGGAGACGACAAGAAGGAUAUCAUGACCCGUUUCUAUAAUUCCGUCACAGACGGAAUGGAAGACAUCCUGGGCAAUAUCCCGGUCCUCGACCAACUCUCGGUUGCUGGUCAGAAUCUCCUCUCGGCGGCCACGAGUCAACUAAUCACAAUGCCAACCACGAUCAGCGAAGAUCCAAUAACUGUUGCUGAAGCAGAAGCUGAGCUUAACGCUUUCGAAGACCGCGAGCUUGAACCCUUCGUCAAACCCAUUUGUGACAUCUUCCUCGAAGUCUUUGAGCUGAAUCGCGGCAACAACUGGUUACGUGGUCGUGCCGUGGUUGUGGUACUCCACCAACUCCUUGGUGGAACCAUCGAGCGCAAAGUCCGCGAGAAUGUGAAGGGUAUUGUCUCCGAAGAAGCGAUCGUCAAAUACAUCACGCUGCUGAGGGAUUCCAUGUGGCCAGGAGGUCAGCAGAAGAAGGACGGAAAACCUCGUACGCUGCUCGAGAAAUCAAAGAGCAGAACAGAAGCUAGUUUGAUGCUUGCUACUCUUGUGCCGGACCUAGCGGCCAGUGUUGUGGGAAGAGUGAAUGCGCAGGCAGCAAGUAGGAGGAUCUUUGCGACGUUUAAUAAUCCUCGAUUGAAUGCCCAUCUUGCUUUUACGCUGCUAGACGAGAUUGUCGAUGUACUGUUUGGUGAUGGGAGGGUUUGAUUAUGCAUUGCGAAUUAGCAUUGGCGUAGGCGUUUGGGACACUGGUUGAGCUGAAGGCAUACAUGCAUAUCACGGCGUUUUCUUAGUUGCCUCAAUUGGAGCUGUAGAUAGAUAGUUAAUCCCGGUAAAUAUAGGUACUAAUAUACUUCCAUUUGG